AUGGAGUCCGCGUCCACCAUGCGGCCCGCCAGCGCCCGCUCGCUCGGCGCCAGCACCUUCCAGGGUACGGGGAGGGUCAGGUUCGUGCAGGUGGCGGCCGGACGGGGAGGUCGCGCCACCGCGCGUCGGUCGGGUCCCGUCGCCGUGGUGGCGGAAGACAGGCCAGUGAUCAUCGGCCUCGCCGCCGACUCAGGUUGUGGAAAGUCCACGUUCAUGAGGCGUGUGACAGGGGUCUUUGGCGGAACUCCCACCCCUCCCUCUGGUGGAAACCCCGACUCCAAUACCCUCCUGUCGGAAAUGACGACCGUCAUCUGCCUCGACGACUAUCACUGCCUCGACCGCUAUGGCCGAAAGGAAAAGAAUGUCACUGCCCUCGCACCUGAGGCGCAAAAUUUUGACCUCAUGGCCGAGCAAGUCCAGGCCAUCAGGGAUGGUAAAGCGAUCCAGAAGCCAAUCUAUAACCAUGUGUCUGGGCUGCUUGACCCACCCGAGGAGAUCACCCCUCCCAAGAUCUAUGUGAUUGAGGGGCUCCACCCGUUUUAUGAUGAGCGUGUCCGUGAUCUCCUGGACUUCAGCAUCUACCUGGACGUCUCCGAUGAAGUCAAGUUUGCAUGGAAGAUUCAGCGUGACAUGGCUGAGCGCGGUCACAGUCUGGAGUCCAUCAAGGCAUCCAUCGAAGCCAGGAAACCUGACUUUAAUGCCUACAUCGAUCCACAGAAGCAGUACGCAGACAUGGUCAUCGAGGUGCUUCCUACACAGUUGAUCCCCGACGACCAGGAGAAGAAAAUCUUGCGUGUGCGACUCAUCCAGAAGGAGGGCAACAAGAACUUCGACCCCCUGUACCUCUUCGAUGAGGGCUCCACCAUCUCUUGGAUUCCCUGUGGCAGGAAGCUCACCUGCUCCUUCCCUGGCAUCAAAUUCUUCUAUGGCCCGGACACAUACUUUGAUGAGGAGGUGUCUGUGCUGGAGAUGGACGGGCAGUUUGACAAGCUGGAGGAGCUCAUCUAUGUGGAAAGCCACUUGAGCAGCACCUCUGCCAAGUUCUAUGGCGAGAUCACGCAGCAGAUGCUCAAGAACUCUGGAUUCCCAGGCUCCACGAACGGGACUGGCCUCUUCCAGACGAUCGUGGGCCUGAAGAUCCGUGAGGUGUACGAACGCAUCUCCCAGAAGGAAGUCCUGCCUGUGAGCUAG